AUGAAGAAGAUUCUUCAAGAGCAAUAUGGUUGGCCGUAUAACUUCCAGGAAGCUGAGUGGAAGACUGUUUCGCAGGUUACCUGGCAGCGGAUUCACCGUAAUGAUCCCACUUAUGAGAUUGGCAGAGAGGAUGAGUUUGAGCCGGAUGUAUUGAAGGGAGGCAAAUGUGAUGAUGAUUUCUAUCUUUGGCACUAUAAGACUGGUUGA